CCUAUGCAAUCCGAAACAUAUAAAAGCCUCCUUGCUGAAACUCUAACGCAGAACUCAAGCUCUUCAAUCCACACUCAAUCUCAACCACCAGUACACUUUGUAUUUCGCAAUCCGAAGCAAUGACAGCCGGGCCCUUCGUCAGGAACUUGACCUUCCAGUCUCACGAUCUCGGCAAGGAGGUCACGAUCAUGCUCGCUUGGAGUCCCAACAUGGAUGGCCUCUACGAGGACGUCUUCCCGAUAGUUUGGAAAGUCAGCAAAUUCGGAAAGUCGGGUCCAUACAGGGCUACUGCGACCUACACGGCCCAGCUUGCUUUCUCCAGAGCUCAGGUCGAGAGUGGGAAGGUCAUCAGCGCUGCAACCUCCGUCAAUAUCAAUAACAGCGAGAAAACAACUCUGACAGAAGCCAACGAUGUCUAUCAUUUCUCUCCCCCUCAGGCGGGAACCUCUGGCAUUCUGCAGGCCCAGAACCACACUGGGAGUGUUCAAGAAAUAGCAGUUGGCUUCGUAAACAGAGGAGACUUUAUGCCCACGCCCGUACUCUACUUCAGCGAUGUUGGAGAUGGCAGUCGCGUCACGGCAAAGUUCACUCCGGUCCUGCGGGCCUACAUCACGUCGGACUAUGAAGAAACCUCAAUCUUACGAGGUCAAGUCGACACCCCUGCGAUCUGGUCGCAGGACCUGACUGGGCUUGGUCAGAACACAACCUGGAACCUCUCGCGCGACGCGUCCACCGGACGUUACACGCUCACCCAUGCUUGAUUAAGGAAUGGGACAUUGGUGCACCUAGAUAUUCGUUCUGUGAUAUCUGCAUCUCAAUGUUUACUGUGGUUUCAUAGUAUCUCCGUUCAAACCAAUAGCCUCGCUUAGUUGCUUGUCUCUUUAUAAGAUCGCUUGUAUGUCAUGUAUUUCGCCAGGAAUGAGAGCUGUAGAAGUUCUUAUGGAGCUUUAUCUAUUUGUUUGAAAUCUUGAAUCGUG